CCUGGUCGACGCUGGAGGCCCCCCAGAGAUUUCGGUACUGAGCUAUGCAUAUGUAGCUCGUUCUCUCCGCGCUUAUUGUAUGUACGAUGCUCACCGGCUAGUUCUUACCACAGUAGGCUUACUGCUCUUUCUACCCACGUGUGCUGGUACCUACACUCUCACUACGUUGGUACAGGCCAAGAUCCAGCAAGCCACCAUCCAUCACAGACGAAACCCUACAAAGGCAGAGCCGUACAUGCUAGAUGCAAUAUUUAAACGGCAAAGCUGUAACAGCUCAAAUGUUGGAAUCAAGGUUCAAGAGUUUCUUAGUAGAUCCAUUUCCCGAGAGCUUAAGAAUUUAGAGUACCUAUGUACUAUGUAUCAGCACCAAGGCCUUUCCCACCCCUUUACAACUUUACACUCCUGACCUGCAUACUACAUACAUACCUAACUUACGUACCUGCCAUUUAGUACAUGCACGUCCGGCAACACUUCAGCCCAUGGAAACUAGUGUGGUCUGGAGAAA